GGUGCACUGUCCCCCGUGUGCAAAAGGAUAGCAAAAGCGUGGGGGUAGUAACGCCCGCCCAUUGGUCCGCCCACGGUCCGACCGAACCAGAGUCACUUCGAAUCAAUCCGUGAUACGAUUUCACCCUGUUCUAGACGAAUUUUCGUUUGUUCUUAAGUAUAACGCGAGUUACGCGCAAUACUAAUUUUAUAUAUCACGCGAAAAUUCAUCAAUUCAUAUUAUAUUCAUCGUUUUUAUCUAAAAUCAGAGAUAAAGAUAUAAAGAAACUUAAUUCGAAUUCAUUUUACUCCUUCGUUAGUUUAUUUAUACAUUCAUUUUUCUAUUCUUCCCCCUUUCGAAAUAACUCUCCCCCCUCACCCCUCCGUUCCGUUCCCCCCUUCAAUUCGUUCGUUCGUUUUUGUUAUUGUUUUCUUUUCACCCUUUCGUGGAUAAGAUUCUUUUAUUCAUUGUUAAUCAUUUAUUUUUCCUUUUUUUUUUUUUAAUCGCGUGAAUCGUAAAUCUUUCGGUUACAUUGACACGUUUUGCUUUUGUAAUAUUUUCUUUUUCCCCCCUCCUUUCUUUACUUCGUAUGACGAAAAGUUGGUUUAGUGUUCUUUUUUUGUUUUGUUAUAAACGUCGAACAUGUAACUUAUUCUUCUAUAUUCUUCUUUGAUCAUGGAGAUCUAUUUGAAAGGUUACACAGUUUUAAUAAUAGAAGAAAAAUAUUGUUGACGGUGUCACGUCAACUAUUACGUGGUUACACGUUUCUCUUGUUAGAAUUGGCAAAUACAGAAGAAAAGAAAGAGAGAAAGAGCAAGAAGAAGAAGAAUAAGAAGAAGAAUAAGAAGAAGGAAGAAGAAGAAGAAGAAGAAAAUAAAACAAGAAAAAAAGGUGCGUUAUCGUUGUGGAAACAAACUAUUAGCGUAAGAUAGCGUACCACUGCGAGAAAAGCAAAAGAAAUAUUAUAUUGUACUGCAGUCUCGCGUGUGACAGUUCGCAACAGUUAAACAUGUCGGAGGCGGGACCUCGACGAGAAAUCAUCAUCCACUACGCUGGUGUUUUUUACAACGUUUACCAUUGAGAAUAUAUAUCUCUAUUCCGAAGGAUCGUUAAAACAAAAACGAAACAAAUCAGAAUAAGAAGAACAUUUUUGGUGCAGUUUUAAUAAUAUAAUUACGAAAAACUUACGAAAAAACAGGGGAACACGUUUAAGGUGGGUAAGCAGCAGGAGGUGUUUUUUUUUAAGUAUCUUUUUCAAGAGAGGGGAGGGGGAGGACACACACACACACACACAGGUGUAAUUCCUUUUCGUUGUUUCGAUUAACGACGAGGAAGUUAAAUAUAAUGUUAAAUGAUGCAACACGAUCCUGAAUGUGUUUAUCGGAUUUAAGGUGGUGUAUCAAAUAAAGUGUAGACAUUUAUGAUCUGAUGAUAGUUCGUGGGAACUCAUGGAAGCGCAUUGUGCGAUGAUGAUGUCGAAUCUGUCGUGCGACGGUUGCGCUGACAGCAGCAGCCGUGACUCCGACAGCAGUAGCAUGAUCGUAGACCCGGUGAGUCUCGAUAAAAAUGACAUGUCACCACCGCAAUCAUCCUCGUCACCGAUAAUAUCGAGUUCACCGGUUCCAACAAUGACGGGUACAACGCCGACAAAUUCGUUAAGAUGUCGGGGUGGUAGUGGUGGUGGUGGUGGUGGUGGUAGUGUUGGUGGUGGUGGUGGUGGUGCUAGUAGAAUGACAAAAAAAAUGCCAUACUCGAGGAUGCCGGUAUCGUCGGUGUCGUUGUCGUCUAAAUCAACGAGUCAACAACAAAAGACUACGACGGGGGGUGGUCAACAAUCUUCCGGUUAUGGGAACGAGAAAAUGUCAUCGUCCUUGAUAAAACCACCAUACUCUUACAUAGCCCUGAUAACAAUGGCCAUAUUGCAAUCACCCCAAAAGAAAUUAACGUUAAGCGGUAUAUGCGAAUUCAUAAUGUCACGAUUCCCAUAUUAUCACGACAAAUUUCCCGCAUGGCAAAAUUCAAUAAGGCAUAAUUUAUCGUUGAACGAUUGUUUCAUCAAGAUACCAAGGGAACCCGGUAAUCCCGGUAAAGGCAAUUAUUGGACAUUGGAUCCAUUGGCCGAGGACAUGUUUGACAAUGGUAGCUUUUUACGACGCAGAAAGAGAUACAAAAGGCCACCCCCGCAUUAUGUAUUACGCGACAGGGCCAUCAUGGCCACAUUUGCUAUUUGCGGUGAUCGUGGACCUUGUCCAGGUGGUGGAGCCGGUCAUCCAGGUACUUUGGCGUAUCCCGGUGCAGCUUACCUUUCACCACCCCCGGGUUUACCCCUAUUGGACUUUUCACCCUCUACAUUGGAAGCUUUGAAAUUAGGUGCAUUCCUUGAACCACCUGCACCACUUUACAAACCAGUACCCAUUACUGCACCACCCAUCAGACAACUGGAACCAACACCAACCAGGACAACUACCACGAUACCAAUGAUCAAUGCACAAACCAGUAUCGAUAAGAAGAGAAACUUUAGUAUCGAUGCACUUAUUGGCAAGCAAACUGUCAACGAUCAGGGUUGCCCUGGGCUUCUCGAUCUUAGUCCGUCGGAACACAGAGAAAUUAGAAGUCAAGCUUCCGCGUUCUCCCCUCUCGUUUAGAGACCAUUCAUAAUAAUUUAAUCAAAUGUUCGAUUUUAUAUUUGCGCGGUAAUUAUCCUUCGAUUAUCGAUCGAUAGCGAUUCCUUCGUCCAAGUCGUCCGAUCCAAACGAUUAUAAUUCAUGAUUUUAAUCGCAGAUUUAUGGAAAUACCCCUUCGUCGUAAUAAUGUAAAUUGGAUUAAUAGUAAUCGAAUUGUAUAUCGUAGAAAAAGAAAAAUAUAAAUAAAUGGGAGAAAUGUGAAAAGACAAUUUUCGACGAAAGGAGUCGCAUAAUUAAUAUUUCAUUUUUCAAUAAACGAAGAAACAAAAAAA